AGUCAAACCAAAACUGGCCGCGCGCACGGAAACGCAAAGGAGCGGCGUUUCCAACGGAUCACACGUCCGAGGCCCCGCCCCCCGCGGCCGCGGCCGGAGCGGCUCGGAGCCAGGGAGGCGCAGUGAGGAGAGCGCACGAGCGUGUGGAGGACAUGCUGGAUGUCCGGAGAGGUCCAAACCAGUGGCCAAGGACUUUUAGACAACACGCGCACUUGUGAGCGCUCGUCGAGGGAACCGCAUCUUUUGAACCGGAGCUUUUUUUUACGCGGGAGGAAAACGCAAAACAACGUGAAAAGUCACCGAACUAACGGCAUGUUUGGAUAAAGGCGCAAACUCCAAACGGCCCCUGAAGAUGCUGUGAAAUGCCUGCGGCCCCUGUGCUGUGUCCAGCGCUGUGGCACCCUCUGCUGUGUGACUGAGGAAGGCCAGGAAAGGCGGCCGCGAUGGGAAACCCAGUGGAGGACGGCAUGAACAUGGACAUCGUCAACCACUACAACCACUCGGGCAAGUGGGAGCGGCCCCGCGGCGGCGGCGCCUGCAAGAUGGCCGUGCUGCUGCUCAUCUGCGUGCUGAUCGUGCUGGAGAACGUCACCGUGCUGCUGGCCCUCUGGAGGAACAAGCGCUUCCACAACCGCAUGUACUUCCUCAUCGGGAACCUGGCGCUGUCGGACCUGCUGGCCGGCGUGGCCUACGUGGUCAACAUCUUCACCUCCGGACGCAACACCUUCUUCCUGACGCCCAGGCAGUGGCUGGCCCGCGAGGGCAGCAUGUUCGUGGCGCUGAGCGCCUCCACCUUCAGCCUGCUGGCCAUCGGCAUCGAGCGCCACAUGACCAUGGUGCGGCUGCGGCCGUGCGAGGCCGCGGGCCGGGGCCGGCUCCUCGGGCUGCUGGCGGCCUGCUGGCUGGUGUCGGUGCUGCUCAGCGCCCUGCCCAGCCUCGGCUGGAACUGCCUGAGGAGCCUGGGCUCGUGCUCCACGGUGCUGCCGCUCUACGCCAAGAGCUACGUGGCCUUCUGCAUCAGCGUCUUCAGCGCGCUGCUGGUGGCCAUCGUCAUCCUCUACAUCCGCAUCUACCGCCUGGUGACCUCCAGCGGGCGCAGGGUGAGCAGCCGGCCGUCGGAGCGCUCGCUGGCGCUGCUCCGCACCGUGGUCAUUGUUCUGGGAGUGUUCGUCAUAUGCUGGGCCCCCCUCUUCCUGCUGCUGCUGCUGGACGUGGGCUGCAGCCCGGAGAGGUGCCCCGUGCUCUACGAGGUGGACUGGUUCAUCGCGCUGGCCGUGCUCAACUCCGCCCUCAACCCCCUCAUAUACACUCUGUCCAGCCGGGAGAUGAGGGCGGCCUUCUUCCGCCUGCUGUGCUGCUGCUGUCACGGCGGCAUGGAGCCCGGCGGGCCGGCCGCGGGCGGGAACCCCAACCUGGCCACCGUCAUCCCCACGGCGGAGAACAGCAAGACCAGCCUGGGGGGAGGGGGGGUGAGCGGGGAGAGCAGAGGUAAGGUCCCGCCGCCCGCGGCCGCGGACAUCAAGCACGGGGACCCCGCGAGCACCGCCGCGUCCCACCCGCCCGGGCCCGCGGGCCUGCUCUCGGCCGUGCUGGUGAAGGCGGGGGCGCUGCCGUCGCUCGGCAAGUUCUGAGCAAGUUCUGAGCGGAGGCGCCGCGGAGGGAGAGGCCUCCCGCCGACGCCAUCCCGCUAGCAGCCCCUUUUUGUCGAUGCACUACGGCCAGCGUUGCGCGGGUGAGAGGACGUGUAGCGACGAUAGCACAGCAGCAACAACAACGCGUUGAAGACGAUUAAAAGCCACUAUUUAACUCAAGAACAGUACAAGUGUUUAUUUGACACGUUUAGAAGUUCUAUAUACACAACGGGAGAGUUUCUUGGACGUGGACAUAGUCGGGUGUCAAGUGAAAUGUACAGUAUUAUUUUUAAUUGUGACUCGUUUGUCAAGGUGUUUAUUUAAUUUUGCCAUCAUAAACAGCAAAGAUCAAAUUUGGGCACUUUUAUGCAUGAGUUACAUGCAGUUGGUUUGAAAACGCCUGCAUUUUACAUCAUUACUUGACUUGGUAAACUUUUGGUUUUCUGUGAAAAUAUUUGCCAUAUUAACACUACAAAUAAUUUGGUAUUAUAUAUAUAUAUAUAUAUUUCUUUUGCUUUGUUUGCAUAAAAUACAGCUGGUACUUUGACUAUGCUAAUAGGUUUGUUAUGUAUUGAGAUGCACUGUAACAGGAACCAGGUUAAAGUCGAUCUGUGUUGACUGUUGUCUGAUGAAUGGAGAGAGGAUUAGCUCCUCGCCACUAGUGGGCACAGGAAGUAGUGGUGCAACAGAAGCAAUGGUUUAAUUAAAACCAGUGGCGUCGGGUCCUUUUUCCCUCCCGCUGACUUGGAUUUAUCUUUAACCAGUUACACGUUAUUAAACCCAUCUGCACAAUAUCUAUACUCAUGGAUGUCUCUGCUUCUCGUCAGCACAUCUAGAAACCACUCACGCCAACUAACCACUAGUGAAAAGAAGGCUUGGAUGUGAAUUAUUUAUUAGAUGUAGACUGUAAAUGAUAAUUCUGCCUUGGGUGAUGUCGUGGCUGAUACCAUUAUAGAGCAAAUCAAAUAAAAUGCUAUUACCUUUU